AUGGCGUUGCUUCACGUUCAACUCAUUAAUGGGUUGUUUCAGGGCCCAAAGCAGAGCCCACUGUCUCAGAGAAGAGCAAGAGCUGGCAGAUGCCUCUGCUUGCAAACACAGGCCCCUCCCUCAAGAACCCAGAGGAUAAUGGAGAGUUUAUCAGUGAGUGGGGAAGUUGGUGGUGCUGGUGGGGCAUACUCAUAUAGUGCCUUGAAGAGGUUAGACCAACUUUGGUCUAGUAUUUGUUCUGCUCAAACAGUUGUGGAGGAACCAAAGAAAGUGGUUUCGAGUGUUCCUGGUUUUUUUAGCAAUUCUGAUCUGGCUGACAAAGCAGUAGAUAUAUUUGAUGUGUUAAUUUGUGGUGGAACUCUGGGAAUCUUCAUAGCUACAGCCUUGUGUGCAAAAGGUCUUCGGGUAGGCAUUGUUGAGAGAAAUGUACUCAAGGGGAGGGAACAAGAAUGGAAUAUCUCAAGGAAAGAGCUCUUGGAACUUGUAGAAAUCGGAGUUCUGGUAGAAGAUGACAUUGAACUAGUCACUGCAGCUAAAUUCAAUCCUAACAGAUGCGGCUUUGAGGGCAAGGGUGAUAUCUGGGUUGAAGACAUUCUUAAUCUUGGUGUUUCACCAGCAAAGCUUAUAGAGGUUGUGAAGAAUCGUUUCAUUGCUCUGGGUGGAGUCAUAUUUGAAGGCAACAGUGUGUCCAGCAUUUCCAUUUAUGAAGAUGCGGCUGUCUUACAACUCAAUGAGGGAAACAUUUUGUCAUCUCGCCUCGUCAUUGAUGCAAUGGGGAAUUUCUCUCCCAUUGUAAAACAGAUAAGAUCCGGAAGGAAACCAGAUGGUGUUUGCCUUGUUGUUGGAUCCUGUGCUCGUGGAUUUAAGGAUAACUCUACAAGUGAUGUUAUAUAUAGUAGUUCAUUGGUAAAGAAGGUUGGGGCCUCAGAAGCUCAAUUGUUUUGGGAGGCAUUUCCAGCUGGUUCAGGUCCUGCAGAUCGUACAACUUAUAUGUUCACUUAUCUUGCUCCUCAACCCCAAUCGCCGAAAUUGGAAGAAUUGUUAGAAGAGUACUGGAAACUGAUGCCAGAAUAUCAGGGGGUCUCUCUUGAUGACUUGGAGAUACAGAGGGUUCUAUAUGGCAUUUUCCCUACAUAUUGUGACAGCCCGCUGCCGGCAGCUUUUAAUCGUGUUUUACAGUUUGGUGAUGCUAGUGGAAUACAAUCACCUGUUUCAUUUGGUGGUUUCGGAAGCUUGACUAGGCACCUCAAGAGACUGUCAACUGGAAUAUAUGAAGCAAUGAGAGACAAUCUUCUUGAUUCGUACAGCUUGUCCCUGCUGAAUCCUUACAUGCCCAACUUAAGCGCUUCAUGGUUGUUUCAAAGAGCAAUGUCAGCAAAGCAACAGUCUAAUGUGUCACCAGAUUUUAUUAAUGAGCUUCUUUAUGCGAAUUUCCAAAGUAUGCAGAGGCUCGGCGAUCCAGUGCUAAGACCAUUUCUUCAGGAUGUUGUGCAGUUUGGACCUCUUGCCAAGACAUUAGGCCUUGUCAUGUUAACUAAACCUCAAAUUAUUCCAUCAAUAUUCAAGCAGGUAGGAAUUCCUGUGCUUCUUGACUGGUCUGGACAUUUUUUCAUGCUGGGAUACUAUACGUUUCUCUCAUCUUUUGCUGACCCUGUAGUAAGGCCUUUCUUAAGCACACUUCCAUCCAAGGAGAAGUAUGAGUGGAAGCGACGUCUUGAGGCUUGGAAAUACGGCGCUGGCUUAGAUUAUAAGUCAUGA